CCGUCACUUUCCCGAAAACAGGAAAAAGAAGCGGAGCACAUACUGGAACAAUCCUCAGCAGAAACCCAAAGCUCGAGUGUGCAUCUGACACACUCAAAACGAACAAAACACCAGGUUUCUAGAAAACAAGCUCGUUAGUGUGAGAAUAGCAGUCAUUCUUCGCCGUCGCUUGUGAUUUAAAGUCCGGUUAGUUUGAGUUGAAGUGCGUUUGUUUGUUCAGAAGUUUGGACUAGAAGAGACUCAGGAGCACAUAGCUCAGAUCAUCAGCUUCAGUCUGUGUACUGGUGUGAUGCAGGUGAGGUCCUGAUGGACUCCGACUGGACCUCCCCAGGUGUCUCUCCUGGACUUCUUCACAUCAAGCUCCUCACACUGGUGCUGAUGCUGAGCUUCAGUCUGCUGUGUGGAUUCAGUCCUGUGUGUGUCCUGAGACGAGCGACACGCUUCAGCUCAGAUCCAGGCUCUCGGCAGAGGAUCUUGAGUCUGGCGUCGUGUUUGGCCUGCGGGGUUUUUCUGGCUUCGUGUUUGCUGGAGCUUCUUCCAGACUUCCUGAACCACACGAGAGACACCUUCAGCCGUCUGCACAUCACCCUUCACUACCCUCUGGCCGAGUUCGUCCUGGCCAUGGGCUUCCUGCUGGUGUUUGUGGUGGAGCAGAUGCUGCUGGCGUUCAGAGAGCAGACGUGUGACGUGUCUCUGGAGAAGCAGGCGCUGGUGGACUGUGAGGAGCGCUCCAGAAGGAGUGUGUCCAGGUGUGCUGUGGAUGAGGGUCUGCGUGUGUUCCUGCUGCUCUUCUGUGUGUGUGUGCGAGCGUUCCUGGAGGGUGUGAGCGUGGGCUGCCAGCGCCAGCCGCUGCUAGAGACCUGUGUGGCGCUGAUGCUCUACGAGGCCCUCGUGGCCUUCAGUCUGGCCGUGCAUCUGACCCAUCAUGCUCUCCGCCGGACGCUGGUGGCCGGCGCUCUGCUGCUGUUCUCCGUCUCGUGUCCGGCUGGGAUCGGGGCGGGGCUGGCGCUGGACGGGCUGACCGUCAGUCCUCAGGUCCAGCUGCUGCGCUGCGCCGUGGAGGGUCUGACGGCUGGGAUCUUCAUCAACGUGUGUGUGCUGGAGUCCGUGUGGCAGGAGUCCUGCUCCCCGAAGCAUCGCAUCCAUAAAGUGGCUUUCCUCCUCACCGGCUUCGCUCUGGUCACUGCCGUCCUGUUCAGCAAAGUCUGAAAUCUGAGAUUAUGCACCAAAAAAUGCGGUUUCUUUUUGCAACUGAUUCAUCGUAGGCCUAAUUACACUCCGUUCACGACUCCACAAAUAAUGCUUUUUCAUUCAAAAAGUGAGGUGCAUGAGCUCAGAGGCCUGGAAUAAUUAUAUACACA